AGGCGCCUUUCUGUGUCCCGGGAGAAGGCGAAGAACAGUGUUCGGGAGCAAGUUGGUGGCCGGUCAGGCAAUCGAACAUUGUGGCCACAACCACAAACAACACGAGGCCGGGCUGGCGUCUAUCGAUCCUUUAGGCAACAAGUCCUUCCUCUUUCGCUCACUCGCUGUCUGGCCCUAUAAAUUUGCUCUGCCCCCACCGUCUUUUUCUUCCCCCCAUCACCUUCUCUCUUCCUUUUACCGCCAGAAGCCCAGCUCCAGCCGUCAUCGACGCCGCCGCCGUCGCCGCACAUCGCUAGCACACAACUACACUCUUCAACACCUUUCAGGCGCCUUUCUCUGGAGAUGUCCCUCAACUCGUCGCCCAUCCAACAGGGUAGCGCUCCCCAGCCGGCUGGGGUCUGGUCCUGGUCCUGGCCGGACCCCCAGCAGGACCGACCAGCCUUCGAGAACGCGAUCGCUAAGGCGCGCACUAUGCGCAAGUUCGAUCCCUUGCAGAGCAUAGCCAUGAUACCCCCUGCGGCGUUCGUCGGUGCUCGCCAGCCGGUCCUCUACGAGGUCCAGGAUCAAGCUGUCCGCGAGGUCCUCUCGCGCAUGACGGCUGACCAGCAACAUGAGUUGAUGCUGCGCUACAUGAUCCGUCAGUUCGCCGACCCUCCUGCCUCGCCGGAGCAGCUGGCUAUGGAACGUCAACAUCUGGAGGACGCUCGGCGCUUGAUGCCCAUGUACGAAGCGAAGCUUGCUUCUGCUGUCGCCCAAGCCCAGCGUCAGAGGGCGAUUAACGGCCCAGCCAUCGCUCAGGCGCUCGAGGAGAUGAACCUAGCCAACCGCCUCUACAAAACGAACCAGCUCAAGGCGUGGGUUCUGGUUUGGCGGUCGUUCCCCAUUCAAGAGCUCCCUAUGGAUAUCCUUGAGAAUAUCUUCCGCCUCGCCGUCUACCACACUCGCGGACCCGUCGACCUGGCCAACACCCGCGGGACACUGGCGGCUGUCUGUCGCUCGUGGCGUGAGAUCAUCAACGCCGACGCGACGCUCUGGAACACCAUCCGCAUCUUCGAGGAGCCCCCAUGGUCGAUGACCGCGCUGCAGGUUGAGCGGUCCGCCGGGACCUUCCUCGACAUCCGCGUCGACGAUGAUGAGCGGGAGCAGCGAGGCCUGCCCAUGCUUACAGGCGAGAAGUGGACGUCGUUGAUCGACAUUCUCUUCUCCAAGCUGUCCCAGAUCCGCAUGCUCAUCGUCACGGUCAAGGACAUGGGGUCGAUGUUCUACCUCAUCGACAGGCUUCGUGCUGCGAAUGGCCAGCCUAUGAUGCUCGAGCGCCUCGAGCUCUUCGGAGGAGGACAGCCGUACAUGUUCAUCCCCGGCGCCGACUUCGAGCCCAAGGAGUACCAGCAGCCGAUGGCUCUGUUCGGCGGCUACGACAUCCCGUCGCUGACGCACCUCACCCUGAAGGGCGUCCAGAUCGAUUGGGCGAACACCGACCUCAGCAACCUGACCACGUUUGACAUUCGUCGCUUCCCGCCCGAGCGCAGCCCCUCUAUCUUCAAGUUCCGCGAGAUCCUCAGCAACUGCCCCAACCUCCAGAAUCUCACCAUCGACGCGGCUGCUCCGAUUCCGGCCCAGAACCAAGAAGAGCUGGACGCUACUUCUACGCCCAUCGAGCUGCCGAACCUGAAGCGUCUGACCGUCGCUGACCUCGUCCCCGCGACCGCGAUCGCAUUGUUCAAGCAGUUCAACGCCCCGACGAUCAAGGAGCUCACGGUGCUCAACCUCAGCACCGACGACUACGGCACCUUCCUCGAGACGACCAUCGGCGCGCUCUCCAAUGUGCGCAUCCUCACCUGGUACUCCUGCGAGGUCCGCAACACGCAGGAGAACAGGAGGAUCAUGGCGCGCUGGUUCAAGGCCAUGCCCAAGCUCUGCUACCUGCGCCUUGCCGGCGUCGACCGCGACACGAUGGACUUCUUCCUCAUGGACGAGGGCAUCGAGCAGACUGGCGGGCUGCCGUUCCCGCUCUCCGGCGCGAGGCCCCAGCCCAAGCCCAUUCUCCCGAACCUCCUCGCCAUCGAGUGGGAGAACUGCCACGCUGAGGACAUUGCGUACUUCGUGCGCCGUCGCAAGGCGAUGGGCAGGCCGCUGCGUCACCUGUACACGUACCAGCCGCACUGGGACCAGAUCAAGAACGACCCGGAGACGAAGGAGCUACUCGAUGAGGCCAGGGAGAUCAUGGCCAUCGCACCGAUGAGCAGCGAACAGACGAGAGAAGAGGCUUGGGCCCUUUCCGACGACCGCGACUGAGUCAAACGGCUGGCAGGGGAGGACGACGACGACGAAUGGUGCUGGAACAACGUCGUUCUCAACAACUCACGCACGGUCACUGCAACGAACUAGAUGUGUUUCUUUUCUUUCUCUUUACAAAGAUGUCUAUGCCUAUCAAACUAACCCCAACCAAGACCCUUCCUAUAUACAGCUUAUAAGUAUGUACUGAUAUGUAUGUACCGGCGCUGCAGCUACCAAUGUUUUGAGUAACCAAACGAAUGUGUAUCCUUGUUUAACGAAGUCGAUAGCUGGGGCGAUCU